AUUUUCCUCUCAGCAUUCAAAGCCGUGUUCUCAAAUCUCAAUGCCACUGGAAGAUAUGGUCCAACAUCGCUCGGAAGUUACUACGCAGGUCAGGAUCAUGACGGACAAGUUGCUCUGUCCAGCGGUAUUCAACAGUGGACUGUACCGUACACUGGUGAUUACAGAAUAGAAGCAAUAGGGGCAGCUGGAGGGUACGAUCUACGGAUUAACAGCUCUCAGUACCGCGGGAGAGGAGCAAGAAUGAUUGGAACAUUCCGCUUAAACAAGAGUGAAGUCAUCCUGGUACUUGUUGGUCAAGAAGGAGGAAUAAACAAGCAGUGGUAUUCUUCUGGAGGUGGUGGAGGUACAUUUGUAGUGAGAGGAGCCAACACACCUUUGAUAAUAGCUGGAGGCGGAGGAGGGGUAGAAUAUGUAUAUUCAAGACAUACAGAAUGUGACGCCAGCUCAAACACGACAGGGAAUCCUGGGUACAGAUCAUGGGCAGGGGGGAGCAAUGGACAUGGUGCACAGACUGCUGAUUCUGGAUACUCAGGUAAGAAUAUUUUUCAAUAAUCUUUAGCAUUUCAGCAUUUUGGUAGUAGUUUAAAAAUUUCGUACGAAAUGUUUGUUCUGCCAUAAUCUCACGAUAUCCCCAUUAAAAGUUUUCUAAUUAAUUAAUAUCAUGAUAUUUCAGGUGGUGGUGGUGGCGGGUUUUACUCCAGUGGAAGAAGUGGAAUCAAUUUCAAUGGGACCAAGGGACGUGGUGGCGAGGGUGGUAAGGGAUUUCUGCAGGGAGGGGUGGGUGGGAGAUCAGAGUAUUCCGACGUCUGUGGUGGGUUUGGUGGAGGAGGUGGAGCUUGGGGAUGGUGGAGAGGAGGAGGAGGAGGAGGAGGAGGAGGAGGAGGAUACUCUGGGGGAGGCAGUGGGAAAAGAUCUGUAGAUACCUGUGGGGGUGGUGGUGGAUCCUACAAUGUUGGAAACAAUCAGCAGAAUGAAUGUUGUUACAACAAGGCUGGCCAUGGUCAGGUGACCAUCACACUACUGUAG